CCUUUACCAGGUUUUCAUCAACUACAAAGAGAGGUUGUUGCCGUAUGGGCGGUACUGCAGUCAGGUGGAAGCAGCUACUAAACACCUGGACAAGAUGUCCGCCAUGAAGGAAGGAGUUAAGAUGAAACUAGAGGAGUGCUCUAAGAGGGCUAACAGUGGCAGGUUCUCUCUGCGUGAUCUACUCAUGGUUCCCAUGCAGAGAGUCCUCAAAUACCACCUACUGCUCCAGGAGCUGGUGAAACACACCUCCAGCAAUACAGAGAAAGAGAACCUUCGGACGGCUCUAGACGCCAUGAGAGACCUGGCUCAGUGUGUGAACGAGGUAAAGAGAGACAACGAGAUCAUCAAACAGAUCACCACCUUCCAGUUGUCUAUAGAGAACAUGACUCAGUCUCUGGCUCUGUACGGCGACCCAAGAUAG